AUGAUGCAACAGAUUUCAACACAUGACCAUCAUCUUUGUGCACGGCAACACAAGUGCCUGUUGGCGGGUAACAAGACGGAUCUUGAACGUUAUCGGCAAGGCUUUCUAAAACCAAGGUUUAGGCAGGUAAGCGAAUCCGAUGGUGAAAAGUUAGCGAAAAGAUUUGGUAUGAUGUUUGGAGAAGUGUCAGCUGUAGAUGAAUGGGAACGAGUUGCGUCAAUUAUUAGGCGUCCGGUUACAGCACUUUUGAAUGGUAUAGCUGAAAGACAUAGUCCAUCCCCACGUCUCUAUUCUUCGGAUUCUGAAAUUGCUUCUUCUGUUAGUAAAAGUGUUUUGUCAACGAAAAGCGCUGGUCGCUGCAGUACCAUACGUCUUCCAAAAAGCCCUAAAGGAGCUGAGAUGGUCAAAAUGCCGUCGUCGAAGAAAAGUGGUCACAAAUUACUGAAACUUUUUCAUAAUUAA